AGUGCUUGGGUGGCGGGGCUCUGAGGCUCCGGCCUGACAUCUCUACGGGGUCCACGGGAACGUCUCCGGAUACCAGGAGUCGCAAAGGGCCGACCAGGAUGUGGAAACCCCAGGCGGAGUCCGGGGGAAGCAGCACGGCAUCACAGCCUCAGGCCUGCCCGGACGCUGUUGGGGUAAGAUUGGGGAAGAUGCCAUGUGAUAGAAUCCACCCUGCCUCUGACAGCAUCCAACCUGGAGCAAAGGCGUCUUUCAACCCUCCCGCAAGCUCCCAAUACAAGCCCAAAUUCUGGAACAAGUCCUUUCCAACACCUCCUUCAGAGAAGCUCCCUGGCUCCAGGCAGUGCUUACUCCCCUCCCUGCAGCAGGAAGCCCAGCUUGCAAGCUGCAGGUGUGCUCCAGGUGGUCACUGGAUGCAGGGUAUUGACAGAUGGAUCCUAUCGAUAUGCCCACUGCAUAACCAUAGCGCAAGAAUAGAAGACACUUCUCUGCACCCCAAAAGCUCCAUGCUGAUUGCGAGGAGGAAAUGCUGGAUGGAGGGGUUCCUGGAACUACUGUGAGGGGUGAGCUUUCCCCAGAUGUCUAGAAAUGAGGCAGAGGCCCGACAUCUUCCACCCCCACUAAGGUUGCCUUGCAGUUCCCAGCUGGCUCUAUACUUCCUAGAAACUGCCAUUUUUCUGCCUCCAUUACCUCAUAGCCCAGUCAGCACCAUUAUCAGCAUCACCAUGAUCGCCAUCACCAUCCUUACAAUCACCAACACUAUCAUCAUCGCCAUCACCAUUCUUACCCUCACCAUUCUCACCAUCAUCAACACCAGCGUCUUCACCAUAACUAUCACUAUCGUUAUCACCACCUUCACCAUCACCAUCCUCACCAUAAUAAUUAUUGUCACCCUCCCCAUCCUCAAAAUCAUCAUCAUUAUCAUCAUUACCAUCACUGUCAUCGUCACUAUCACCAUUCUCACCAUCAUCAUCCUCAUCAUCAUCACCAUUAUCCUCACCAUAACUAUCACUGUUAUCAUCACCACCUUCGCCAUCACCAUCCUUAUCAUCACCAUCACAAUCACCACCAUCACCAUUCUCACCAUCACCAUGUUCACCUUUACCAUUCUCACCAUCAUUAUCACCUUCAUCAUCCUCAACAUAACUAUCACUUCAUUAUCACCACCUCCACCUUCACCAUCACCAUCCUCACCAUCAUCAUCACCACCAUCACAAUGAUCCUUGCUACAUGGAACCAUGCAUUCUGGGUAGGAGGGCUCUUGGGUCAGGGCAUCUAAUACAUCUUGUAGGAUAGAAACCCAGCCCCUCAGGGUCUCACAGUUGGUGAAGUAACUGCUUCUUGUGAGGUCAUGUUCCUCUGGGUGAUGUGGGAUGUCACAAGACCAAUAAAUAUGAGCUGAAGCCCAUCGCAUCACUUCUUUUUUUGUAAAAUAAGCUCCAUCAUCAGUAGUAAUUGUAUGAUAGCAGAGAAUAAGAACUCAGCAAAUGUAAAUAAUUUGAUGCUAUGAGAAGCAUAUGAAGUGGAGUCCAUAUUUCAAUAUGCAUCUAUUCCAGUGAGGGCAAUUCUUUACCACUUCCAUGAAGGAAGGGAGAAAAUAUUAUUACAACAUUACCAGAAAUCUGUCUGGUCUAGGCAGGGCAGUUCCUCUUUCCAGGGUCUCAGCAUUGCUCAUUGUCGGCAGUCAGGGCACUCAUCUGGGCAGUGGGCAGCACUGCUGCAGGGAAGUUCAUGUUAUUGGAAACAUGUAGCAUCUUCUCCUGCUACCAUCGCCACAUUGUCCAUGAAACCACUGGGCAAAGGAUGAGGAAUCUGGGAAAAGUUCUCAUAACCAGAAUAUAAUCAUCCAUAUCAGGAUAUCAGCAUUCACCCAACACUGCUGUCCAAUCAACAGAUGCUAUAAUCUCAUCCAAAUUUUCUCAGUUGUGCCCUAAAUACAUUUUUUUUGAACUUUGUAAUCCAGGAUCCAAUCCAGGAUUUCCUAUUGCAUUAAUUGUCAUGUCUCUUAAGCUCCUUCAACUUCAAACAGUUCCUCUGUUUUGCCCUAUUUUUCAUAACCUUAAGAGUUUUAAAGAGCAUAAUUAUUUAUGAAGGAUGUGUUCACCUUUUUCCAUCUGAUGUGUUUCUACAUCCAGACUUAGGUCAUGUAUCUUUCACAAGAAAACCACAGAAAUACUGCUGUGGUCUUCCUAGGACAUCACAGCAGGAGGCACAUGAUCAAGUUUGUGCCAGAUUUCUCCACCACAAAGUCAUCAUUCUUCCAAUUGUAAUUGAGAAGUAUUUCAUAUGAAGAUAUUAAUUACACAUACACAUGAAUGUAUAUUUAUAUGUAAAAUAUAUACAAAAUAUUAUUUCAAUGUCUAACCAAUAUAAAAGUUAUUAAUUAGAUAUGUUUAAUUUUAUUUCCUACUAAGUCUUCAAAAUCUGGUGUGUGUUUUACCCUGACAGCACAUCUCAGUCCAGCCUCGCCACAUUUCAAGUGCUCAAUAUUCACAUGGCUGUGGCUACCAUCUUUGUCAGGGCAGCACUAAAGCACUAAAGAACUUCUGCCUUGGAGAAGUUCUAAGCUUUCAAAAUGUUUGGCAAAUACAUUUUAUAAAAUUCUUCAGAAUCCAUAAAUAGGCAAUUACACAUUCAGUAAGCCAUAGAAUCCAACAUGACAUUAAAAAUGAAUCCGUCGACAAAAAAGAAGUUAGGCAAAAUUUUCUUCAGACCCAAUGGGCAAAUCAAUUAUGAUUACCUAACAUGCCCAUCAUUAUUUGUUAACAUCCUUCAUUAAUACCCCCAAACCCCAUCAACAGGUAAAUGAACAAAUGCAUUGAGGCCUGUCUGAAAAAUGUCCCAGUUUCUUACCAUUCGUACUUCUUUUGCAAGCAGAAAAGACUCAGUAUUAGCAAAGACUAUUCAGAUAGUUUGUUCUUAUGCCAGUAGUUGUAAUUUCCCGGAGGUGCAAUACUUCUCACAAGUACUUUCCUGUUUGGCCAUUUUCUGCAGUAAUAUCCAUGCUCCCAUUUUCUCUAUUCUUUAAUUUCUAUCCUAGACUUUUCUUUCAUCCUAUAAUUCUUUAUCCUAAAAAUAUUAAUUUAAGGAUAACAUCACAAAGUAGUAUAUUUCUUCAGAUGAUACUCCAAAUUGAUACCUAAUAUACAGAAAUGACUAUCAUGGACAUAACCCACAACAUGUGAAAUGUAUGGCUCAUUCUACUGACAUUAUAAAGGAAAGUUAAUGACAACUGAAUUUCUAGUCAUUUUCCACCCAACAAGUUGCUUAUAAAAUGGCAAGGAAUUGUAGGUAUGUACACAGUGGCUAUUUUUUGGUGGGUUGUUCAGCAACUCUCCUCUUGAGAGCCCCCUUUUUCUUUGAGGAACAUUUCAAUGGGCACCAACUGGGCCUGACCCAACCUACCAGCCCCAGCCCCAGAGGUGAUCAUGCUGCCCAGCUAUGGCAAAAGACUCUACCCUUGGAUCAUGGCAACUGUUUCAGUACUUUUUUUUUUGGAAUCAUCAGGAAGGACUCUUGCUUUUUCUACCACUGUGGUCUGCAAGGACAAAGUAAAGUGGGUUAUUUGUCGUACUAUCUCUUGCUACAGAGGGAGAAGAGAGUCAUCUUCAGAAGGAAAAAAUGAGGCUAAAACAAAAGGAAAAGUGUCAAGAGAAAGAAGGAGAACAUUUCUUGAUGAUUUUAUAUAAGCCCCUGGGUCCAGCUAUGCAUGACAGUGACUUGGGUUAAAGCUCUGUCAUUUAUAGGACCAUUGACUUAAAUAUAAAAUAAAGUAUUAAAAGCUAUGAACUUUUAGAUGAAAAUACAGAAAAAAAAAUCUUUGUAAUAUUCAAUUUAUCAAAAAUAUCUUAGAUGAAGCCCCAAAAAUCAAAUGCACAAGAACAAUUAAUAAAUUGGACCCCAUCAAAAUUAAGAGCAUCUGCUAUUUGGAAGAUAGUGUUAUGAGAACAAAAAAGAAAACUCAAGGGGAAAAUGCUGGCAAGUCUCAUAUCUAAUAAGGGAUUUGAAUCCAGAGUAUAUAAAGAAACUAUUAAAAUUUAAUAAUGAGAAAA